AUGAGCUUCUCGAGUGCACGCAAUAAGCGGGCACGACCAGUUGUCUCCUGUCUCCGAUGCAGAGACAAGAAGCUCAAAUGCGACCGCGUUGAUCCCUGCGAGAAUUGCAUCAAAGCAGGGUAUCGCGCAGACUGUACAUAUAACCAGCAUCCAGAAUCAACACCAAAACCCAAACGAGUUCAGCUCGCUGCUCAAAAUUCCAAGCCCCUUGAGGCCAAAGGCGGCAUCGGCGUCCUCGAAGAUGUCCAACAACGCUUAGCUCGAGUUGAAGAAUUGCUUGCUGUUCGGGAUGGCAGCUCUGAUCUAUCGAUUCAAAAUUUUUGGCCACUGAACGACCAGCCUCCAUCUUCAAGCUUACAGUCUUAUCUGGGCACUUUAGUAGUUAAGGGGUCCCGAUCUCGUUUUCAUGGCCAGAAUGAUCGAAUCACUCUCUUAAAUCAGUUUGAGGAAGCCAAAGAAUUCGUCAGUCAGUGUUCAAAGGACUCCUCUCUGGUCAAACUGGCCAAAGAGGUGCAAUUUCUACAGAGCAAGACCCAAUCUCCUUUAAGCUCUCCGCAGUCAAUCUCGGAGCUGGAAAGUUUUCCAGAGCUAUGUCAACUGCUUCAGUCCCUGCCUUCAAAACAAAUUUGUGACAAAUUAGUGGCUGUCUACACAACAACUUUUGAGAAGACUCUCAGAAUUUUACAUGUUCCGACAUUUCUCCGCCAUUAUGCCCAUUUCUGGACCCAUUCAGAUCAUGAAUCUGAUCUAUCUUCUCCUUUCGUUCCUCAGCUGACAGCAGUAUUGGCUGUCUCAAUCGCGUUAGCUGGGGAUGUCAUUGAAGCUGACAGUCACUCUUCUUGGGAGUACUUAAAGGUAAAUGCAGUCAAUCUACUUCAAGCAUGGCUACAAAAGCUUCCCAGAAAACACCGAACAGAGCUUGCAAUGCUCCAGGUUGAGACACUUAUCCUCCUAGCCCGCCAGCUACGACUGACGUCCGCCGAAGAGUCCUGGAAAGCAGCAGGCUCGCUUGUCCGCUCCGCAAUGGUCAUGGGAUUACAUAUCAAUCUGUCCGGAACCACCAAGAUGUCAAUAUUUCAAGCAGAGAUACGGCGUCGAUUGUGGGUGACCAUCGCCGAGAUGGAUCUACAAGCCUCAAUCACAUCUGGGAUGCCGAUCAUGACGCCUCAACUCGACUUCCAGAAUAUGUCUCCCGCAAAUCUUGAUGACAUAGACUUUGAUGAAACCACCACGGAAUUACCUGCGUCUAAACCCAUGGACGAGCCAACUGAAACCCUUGCUCUAAUCACCUUGGCCAAGAGUUUAUCUCACCGCAUCAAUACCAUGAGCUUUGUACAGCAUACAAGUCCGAAAAUGGACCUACACGAGCGCAUAAAGCAAGGUCAGCUAUUAAUGGAAUGCCUACGCAGCAUUCCCCCCUCAUUGAAACUUGAUCGUGCUUCAAGUAGCGAAACCAAUCCACCUAUCCUUCUCAGCCGAGUUCUGUUAGACUUAUACAUCCGCCGACCACUCCUAUGUCUUUAUCGACCUAUCAACUCAAGUACCAGCCAUGAUGACCCAGCUCUUGAUGCAAUUCAAAGGGCUUGUCUCGACUCAUCCCUCACAAUUCUAUCUUACCAAGAUUACUUCGACCCCAACUUGGCUGAUCUAGACGUCCAGAAUAGCAAUGGUUACUGGAACAUCUUCCAUACGUUCUGCAAAAACGAUGUGCUAUGGGCAGCGCUCAGUGUAUGCGAACACAUGAAGCUAUCUACUCAACAAGCCAUAGAAAAUCCUCACAUUGGCGCCACAAAAUUGUCUACCCCUUCACAAGCCCAAGGCCAGUUAUCACCAACGACACACAGCAAGGCCAGCCUGACUAGACUGGUCGAAAACACCCUUGACAGCCUGGCCCGCCGCAUCGGCGAGUCAGGAAACAGCGUCAAAGACAUCCUUCUCCUUGCUGUUGUCUUACAGUCCGUGCGUGGUCGUGGCUCAGCAGAGACUAAACAACAGUGGAUGAUGCAGGGCGCAAAUAAAGCCCUCUCUGCAUGUCGGCAGUAUCUUUUACCUGCUGUUGCAGAGUUAACGGCUACUUUUGAACAAACCGACCCUAUGAUUACAUCCACCCUACCGUCUGAAAUCGUGUCUUCUCAUUUUUCUCAAAUGCCAGAUUUCAUACAAUGGUCAUCGCUAGCUGCAGAUUUUGCCAACUUCCAGGGCUUUCAGGGAGACUUGUUUUCGUUCGAUGAUGAGCCUCUUGCUUGGAACUUGUGA